ACCUGUAAUUCCUCAUCCGAAAUCUCUCCAUGUUUAUUUUUUUCCACCUGUUUUUUUCGGCUUUCUCUCUUCUGGUUCCCCAUCUUAUCAUGUUUGGCUAAUUUGGUUCCUCAACUUCUCUCCCUCCCCCCUCCUGUUCUUGGACGAUCGCAAUCACUCUCCCUCAGGGAGAUAUUCCCAUACCUGGUGGUGGUGAUCGGUCUGGAGAAUGUGCUGGUCCUCACCAAGUCUGUGGUGUCUACUCCUGUUGACCUGGAGGUCAGAUUGCGCAUCGCUCAGGGCCUCAGCAAUGAGAGCUGGUCGAUUAUGAAGAACAUGGCCACCGAGCUGGGCAUCAUCCUCAUUGGAUACUUCACCCUUGUCCCAGCUAUACAGGAAUUCUGCCUUUUUGCAGUGGUUGGCUUGGUAUCCGAUUUCUUUCUCCAGAUGUUCUUCUUUACCACUGUCCUCUCCAUUGACAUCCGCCGAAUGGAGGUGAGAGGUUACCCUAUCCCACAACUACUUCAUAUUUCUACACAGNNNCCAGCCUUCCGCAAUCUGCGCCUGCCCAAGCGCCUGCGUGUGAUCUACUUCCUGGCCCGCACCCGGCUUGCCCAGCGCAUCAUCAUGGCUGGCACUGUGAUAUGGAUUGGCAUCCUGGUGUACACCGAUCCCGCGGGCCUGAGGACCUACCUGGCCGCACAGGUCUCGGAGCAGAGUCCGCUGGGCGAGGCCGGUCUGCCCCACCUUGCGGUGCCGCCCGUCUUUCCUGGGGGCGACCCCACUAGCACGCUGAGUGUCCUGCCGCCCCCUGAACCCACCCCGCUUCCCGAGAACCACUCUCGGGGACACGGUCCGCCCAGUCAGCCCUCAUCCGACCCGCAGAUCACCUGGGGCCCUGAAGAUGAGGAGACCUGGAGACGCCUAUCCUUCCGACACUGGCCCUCGCUCUUCAGCUACUACAACAUCACUCUGGCGAAGAGGUACAUCAGCAUUCUGCCAGUGAUCCCAGUAUCCCUCUACCUGAGUGCCCACGACGCCCUGGAGGCACGACACCCACAGGAUACACGACACCCCCAGCCCCCGCCGGCCAGCCCUGCGCCCCCCUCCACACAGGCUGAUCUCACUCUGUACAAAGUGGCUGCUCUGGGGCUUGCAGCAGGCGUCUUGCUGGUGAUCAUCUUGUUCUGUCUCUACCGGGUUCUCUGCCCCCGGAAUUACGGCCAAAACGGCGUGUCGCAUGGACGUCGUCGCCGUGGAGACCUGCCCUGUGACGACUAUGGGUAUUCUCCCCCCGUCAGCGAGAUCUCACCGUUACUGCUGCGUGGGCACAAUAUGGAUAUUGAGUGUCUGGCCAGUGAUGGGAUGCUCCUGGCCAGUUGCUGCCUGGCAGGACAGAUCCGUGUGUGGGAUGCCCAGACAGGAGACUGCCUGACUGUUAUCCCCAAUCAUGGGCUGCGUCGGAGCAGCAGUGGGGCCUGGGAGCAGCGAGAUGGCUGGGAUGGAGGGUCUGUGUUUGAGCCGGAGGUCUCGGAUGGGUACGAGGGGCAGGAGGCAGGAGGGGGGGUUCCAGCACCCGGGGGGACAGGAUACCCUGUUAGGAGGAGAGUGACCCCCUCGCGCCUUGUGCUAUUCGGAGACCAGCCUGACCUCACCCCCUUUAUCGACACCAAUUUCACAGAGCAGCCACCCCCCUUGUGUCCCACCCCGUCGGGGGGCUUUGAUUUUGGAGAGCUGGUUCAGCGUGCCUACAAAGAGCACGAGGCCUCAGCUGGCCUCCCAGGGUACCCCCCCUCGCCCCCGACCCCCCUCCAGCGACGCCGCAGCCUGGGAGACCAGCCCCUGCCUCCUCCCGAGCUGCCGUCCCCUGUACCCCUGGACUGGGACAGCGCAGUGUGGGCUCUGGAGCUCCGGGGAAACCUCAUUGCUGCCGGGCGGAGCAGCGGCAAACUAGAGCUGUGGGAUGCAGUGGAAGGCUGCCUUCGCUGUUGUAAUGAAGACGGGACAUCUGGGAUCACAGCAUUGGCCUUCCUCAACAACCGGAUUGUGGCAGCUCGGCUCAAUGGGUCUCUGGACUUCUUCACAGUGGACAUCAACAAGCCCCCAUGCCUGUUGCAGUACCGGGGCACCCCCAAUCGAGGCAGCAUGCCACCGUCGCCCUGUUACAGCAGCGAUGAUGUCAUCAGCUGUCAGCUGACGCGCUCCGUGCAGUGUGCUCAUCAGAAGCCCAUCACUGUCCUGAGAGCUGCGGCAGGGCGGGUCGUCACCGGCAGCCAGGACCACACUGUCAGGGUAAGGAUGAUAAUAAUAAUAAUU